AUGUACCCGCUCAUUGAACCUCAUCUGACGGACAAGCUAAAGGUAUCCGACCUCCACACCCUCCACUAUGAGAUAAGCGGGAACAAGGAGGGUACCCCAGUCAUCUUCUUGCACGGCGGCCCCGGAGGCGGCUGCGAUGCCAGGGAUCGCUCAUUCUUCGACCCUGCGAAGUACAAGAUCGUCCUGAUGGACCAGCGCGGUUCUGGCAAGUCGACCCCGAUGGCGAGCCUCGAGGAGAAUACAACGUGGGACCUUAUCAAGGAUAUUGAGAAGCUCCGUGAGCAACUCAGCAUCGAGAAGUGGCAUGUCUUUGGUGGCUCCUGGGGUUCUACGCUCGCCCUUGCAUAUGCUCAGUCGCACCCUGACCGCGUGAAGAGCCUCGUUCUCCGCGGCAUCUUCACCCUCCGGAAGAGCGAGCUCAGGUUCUUCUACCAGGAUGGCGCCUCGCAUCUCUUCCCAGAAGCCUGGGAGGAGUACGUGGCGCCGAUCCCGGAGGCGGAGCGGAACGACAUGGUGCUCGCGUACCACGCGCAGCUGAACUCCGCUGAUGAUGAGACACGCCUCCGCGCGGCGCGGGCGUGGACGAAGUGGGAGAUGGCGACGAGCAAGCUCUACGUCGACCCGGCGCAGAUCGCGCAAUCGGAGAAGGACGACUUUGCGGAAGCGUUCGCAAGGAUAGAGAACCACUACUUUGUGAACGACGGUUUCAUGCGCGACGGGCAGUUGCUCGCAGAGCAGGAGAUCGACAAGAUCCGUCAUAUUCCCUGCGUCAUCGUCCAGGGCCGGUACGACGUCGUCUGCCCAGCGACAACAGCCUAUGCGCUCAAGAAGGUCUGGCCUGAGGCGACGCUGCACAUCGUUCCCGAUGCGGGCCAUUCGUCGCGCGAGGCUGGGACGAGCAAGCUGUUGGUCCAGGCAACGGACGGGUUCGCGCAUCUGUGA